UCUCCACAAACAACACUGGAAAAAAAAAUGAAAGACCCUUCUAUCUGAAAUGCUUGGAAAGAAAAAUAAUGGAGCCUGCUAGUGACAUAAUCUCUGAAGAAUGGAGCUCUCUUAGUGGGUUUUACACUGCCCAGGAAGCUGAGUUCAUGACCCAGUUUCUUGAAAACUGUUCAGUCCCAGAUGAUCUCCAUAGGAAUGCCAACUUUGGAUUUCAAUCAUCUUCUGCAUUUUGGCCUAUAGGCAUCAGUACUGGUGACGAAAGCUUCUAUUUCCCUUCAAAUGUUGCUGAUCCUACUAUUAACUUUGGUUCCAUGUCCAUGGAUUGUGAAGUACAAGCUUCUGAGCCAGUACAAGAGGAUGAUAAAAGCAGCUCCAUGGAGAACUCUGGAAAGAGAUCAAGGAACUCAACUGAGAUCCCAAAGGACAAGAGGAGUGUUAAGCCCAGGGAGAAUUUAAAGUGUUCAACAAGCAACAAGGAAGAGGAUAAUAGAAAUAGAAGCAACGAAGGCCUUCAGGGGAAGAACUCUAGCAGAUAUAGCUCAUCAGAUGAUAACUCCAAUACUUCUGAGGAAGAUGACAUAAGCCCUAAAAACAAUAUAGAUCUCAAGCCAAAUCGAAAAUCAAGAUCUGAUAGAGGUCAUGCCACUGAUCCUCAGUGCGCGAGCGCAAGAAGAAGAAGAGAGAGAAUAAAUGAAAGGUUGAGAAUCUUACAAAACCUUGUCCCUAAUGGAACAAAGGUGGAUAUCAGCACAAUGCUUGAGGAAGCUGUCCAAUAUGUGAAAUUUCUACAACUUCAAAUUAAGCUUUUAAGCUCUGAUGACUUGUGGAUGUAUGCUCCUAUUGCUUACAACGGAUUGCAUAUUGGAUUAGACCUCAAUAUCACCCCAACCAAACAACCUCAAAGAAAGGCAAUAGGAACAGGAUGCACCAUUUUUUCUUUUCCCAAGGACAUUAUGUCAUGAUGUUUUUUGCUGCAUUCAUUUUCAUUUUGUUUAUCAAAUAACUAGGAUAGGUUCUCUAUGCUGCAUAGAGUCCGAGGAAUAAGU